UCCAAUCCAAAAUCCAUUGAAUCUGCUCUUCCUUUUACUUUUUCCUUCGUAUUCUGCCUAUUUAUACCACCCUUAUCCUUUGACUACCUACCAUCGGCUUUGAGGUACCUGAGAUAUUCUGCUGGGUAAGCUCUCUAGGUUUAGAGAAGUAACUUCAGUUUCUGAGGAUAUUUCGAGUUUAGGGCCUGCGAAGCAUAAUGGAUCGCGGAUCUGCUGCAGAUUCCAGGCUUACCAGAUCUGCCAGUCUUGUAGACGGUGCAAGCAUGAGGAGUGUUUGCACUAAAUGGAAGCCAACGGAGAGUCAAAAAAGAAUAUUGGAGUCCUUUUUCGCGAGUGGAACUAGAAAGCCUUCUGUGGAGCAAGUAAACCGCAUUACUGCAGAGCUGCAGCUUUAUGGUCCUGUUGAAGGCAAAAACGUCUUCUACUGGUUUCAGAAUGCCGCUGCCAGAGAUAGACGGAAGAGAGAAAAACCAGAAACAUCAUCCUCAAAAUGGCCUGCAGUGCUUAAGCCACGCAGCUGGACUUCUUUAUUCCGUUCGAAGAGGUCAUCUGACAGGAAGAGCUCUGUACAAAUGGAGGAAGAGGAAGAGGAAGUCGAUAGCGGACCUCGCAGGUAUUCAUCUGUAGAUCCGUCUGAUAUCAGGACAUUGGAUUUGUUUCCUUUGCAUCCUGAUAUGUGAGGGCGUUGGUAUUCCUGGUUUUGAUUUUGUCUAUUGUAUGGUUUAAUAAACACGAUUCUGAAUGAAGAUAUUCGGAAUAUGAAAAUGUAGUACGGCAUGUUCUAUAUUGCUGCAAUGCUACAGAAUGAAUUACGUUUUGUGAUCUUGUAGCACUUGCAGAGAUUUCUAUAUAUGAAGGUUUUCAAUGAUGUAUCUCUUCAGUUUUUGAAAUAUGAAUAUGAAAU